AUGCGAACAAAGACAGCUAGAACUGCCUGUGCUGGUCGAGGCUAUCGCACUGUCAGCACAGCCCUUGGAGUGGGCUUGUCUGAGGCUCACACCAACCCUGAGAGGCGGAUUGAAGGAAGCUGCUCAGGUUUGCUGGAGAAGCGAGAGUUCAGUAAGAGACAGACAGGUGUGCUCUGGAAGCAACACUCUGAAGUCAAAUGCAAUUUGGCCCCUGAGUGUCUAGAGACCACCAAUGAGACCCUUCUUGUCUGCAGGUCUCCAGAAAUUUGGCAUCAGAGCUUUGGACUUCUAGGAAAAUCCUACACCCACGACACAACAGGAUCCUUUUUGCUGGGAAAGUGGCUCCGCAUACCUCUGUAUACAGUGCCUCUAUGUAGCGCUGUGGUGGAUGUUGCGAUCCAGGAUUAUGUGGCUGACGUGGCCUCCGAACUCAUCUACCUGAACAAGAGUCAGAUCUCCAGAGAAGUCCUCUUCGUCUUCCCCCUGGGGCCCCGCAUGGCCAUCUACUCCUUUCAGGGUGAGGAUGUCAAGGUCCAGGCCAUGCUGCGGGAUGAGACCCAACAGCUGCACAAGGCUACAGGGGGCUGGGAGAAUCUGGAAUACCUUCAGGAUUAGUCUCGGUAUCCGGGCGAGGUACUUGCCUGCUUCCUGGGCACCCUGUCCCCUGGCAGGGAGGUGGUCAUGACCUUGCACUAUGUCCAAGAGCUGUCACAGGAGCCAGACGGAGCAGCCCAUUUUGUGCUGCCACUCACACUGCAUCCCUACACAGAACUCUACGCCUGGAAUUGUCUCACCAGCAAGCUGCCCUACAGCCUGCUGCUCACCGCUAGCCUGCAGUCAUCACGUGGAGUGGCUGAUGUCCAGGCCAACUUCACCCUCACCCCUUUGAUCUACACUGCCCAAGACCACAGCACCGCACAGGUCUCACUGGCUGGCAGCCCCCCAAGUCAGCAUGAUUUGGAGCUGCUGGUGUAUUUCGGAGACCCUGCUGCAGUCACUGCUGUGGUGGAGAAGGGAGACCCUGGGGCCCCUCUGGGCUCCCUGCUUGGUGACCCCACGGUGUUGGUGACACUGGCACCCAGCAUCCCUGAGGCAGUGCCUGGGCAGCGCCAGUCUGGAGAGUUCAUCUUCCUCCUGGACACCACUUUCCUUGAGCAUGCACAGGACUCCCUGCUCUUCCUUCUCAAAAGCCUGCCCCUGGGCUGCUACUUCAACAUCUACUGCUAUGGAGAAACCUCUGUGGGCAUCUACCUGAAAAGUGUUGAAUAUACUCAGAUCAACCUGACUGAGGCCAUGUGGCGCAUCCCCUCCACCCGCUCCAGUCUGGGUGACACUGAUCUGCUGGGAAUCCUCCGCUCAAUCUACAAUACGCCCUGUCCCUGCGGCCAUAUGCGCCAGCUCUUCAUCUUAAUGGCCAGGCCACCCUCUGACAAGGAAGCCAUUGCAGCUGAGGUCUGCCGUCACCGCAACAGCCACCGGUGUUUCUCCUUCUGCUUCUCUGAGGACAGCACUGCCCUGGCUACGGCCCUGGACAGGGAGACAGGAGGUGAAGCUACCUACGUCUCCUCUGACAAUAGAAUGACAGUUGUGUUGAAGUGCCUGAAGCAGGCCCUCAAGCCAGCAGGUGAGGGAGUGUCUCUGAGCUGGACCCUGCCCUGUGGCCUGGAGGUUGAGGUGCUGGGGGCCACCCCUCAGUUCAUCUUUCAGGGUCAACACAGCCGCCUCUACGCCCAGAUCCAUGGACAGGCACAGGAUACAAGGGUGGCCAAGGGACUCUUGACCUUGCAGUACAGCCUGAAUGGCCAGGACGUCACUCACACGAUUGAAUUCCCACUGUGCCCGCAGGGAGAUGGCCGGCUGGCUGGGCAUUGUCUGGCCAUGAGAUGCUUGCGGAAGAGGUUAUUGCAAGAGGCUGCCAGUGGGUCAGGGGAUGAACCAAGACAUCGCGCAGUUGAGAUCAGCCUCACUUCAGGGAUCAUCUGCCCCUUUACCAGCUAUGUGGGGGUUCGCACAUCACAGAGGCUCACCUGGUACCAAGGGCCCCUGGCACUGUUGCCACCCCGCCAGUCACUCAUCCCCUGCCAGAUCGUUGAGCUUUGUUACUCCCAUAAUGUCUCUUCCUGCUAUCCUGUGAGCAUCGGGGUCCCACCUGCUGGCUGGCUGACAGCAGUGUGUGCCUCGUGGCUUGCCCUCUGUCAACUCACCCGUGGCAUUGCUGCCCUGCCCCAGCGGGGCGCUUGCUCAAAAGCAUGUAAACCACCACCACCAUCUAUUUCUUCUCUCAAGUAUGUGGAUCCCAUGGAAUUUGUUUUGUGCUCUCCAAUUUUUGGGCCUUGGUUCACUGAAGCCAUUGCUGAGUGCCAGGAGCUGGUGGCACUGCAGAAUGCAGAUGGCUCCUGGGCCCUCAGCUCAGGCUUGGCCUCUGUGCUGGAAAUCGAUGAGGCUGAAAUCAAGGGAAAGAUGCCUGGUGAGGUCAUAGAGCCAAGCAUCUGGGCCACAGUGCUGGCUGUGACCUGGCUGCACAGACACGACAAGUGUUACCAAGACCUCGGUGAGCUGCUGGAGGCCAAGGCUGUGACCUGGCUGUGCAGCCAAGCUGUGUCCCAGCUGGACAGGUGCCUGGAGGCAGCCAACACCCUCCUUGGGAACAGCAUGAAGUCAAGCAUCUUCAGGCUCUGUGAUACAGACUGGGAGCACCUGCAGAGCUAA